AUUAACUCCAUUCAUGGAAAAUUUUUGAAUUGAAUUCAUGUGACUUUCAGUCUAGACUGGAAGUUUGUAUACAUUUAAUAGGGACUUCCUGACCCUAAGCCUUUCAUAUCUGGAUUUGACUUUCAUCUAUCUAACACUGUUCUCGAGAUUAAAGAAAGACAGAUGGACACACAGCUUGGAAUUUACAGGCCAGCAAUUUCAAAAUUGCUGUCCAGAAAGUUGAUAUUUAUCAUUUACAAUGAAUAAUGCUAUUCAACAUUGUCAGUAAAAGUCAGUAUUUUGUUAUUAACCAACUUCCUUUUUAGUAUUUCGUACUCUUUAGGUUAAUAAGGUGUCAACAUCCUCAUCCAAGUCCAUAGUAAUGGCAUUACUUAUCAUGACUGGAUUUUCUUUAGACAUAUUAUUAUCCAAGAGAGUAAGCAGGACAUUAAAUACUGAACCAUCCAUAUUUUUUUCAGAUGGUCAACAUAGCUUUAUGUGUAGACACCAACAACCUUGAUUUUCUAACUGACUGAUAUUCUUUCCAUCAUUCUAUCUCCUAUUUGAGAUCUUCCAUGCUUGGAUGACUCCAGAAUCAUUCUAUCUCAGUUCAUAUGAUUAAUGUUCAGAAUGUGGGAUCUGACAACAAUCUAUAACCAAAAUGCUUUACAGAUUUAUUACGAAAACAUGCCCUUUUGGGAUGUUUAUGUUCUUCUUCUUGUCUUUAAAUGAUGUUGACCCAGUUUGAUUUUAUUCUUUAGAUCCUUUGAUUUUGGUGGACGAUUAUUAUAAUCUGACUGUUGGCUUGCUUCUUCAGAUUUUUUUGAGAACUUAGUUAAACUUAAUGAAGGUAACCAUCCAUCUCCUUCUCAUAGGAAGACGUAUUUUCUUAUCAGUAGAUCUAACCUCUGCAGAAAAUGGUCCACAACAAUGUCAACUAAUGCUUCGAAAGCAUAAGUAUCCCUCAUAUAACACAGUAGUUAAGUUCCGAAAAAGUGCCCUAUUAUGCAAAUCCAUGCUGUACGAAACAAAGGACUAAUGCAAAACAGGAUUAGGUUCCAAAAGUUAACAAAGAGUUGUUAAUGCAGUCCAGAUGAGACCACAACCGGACUUAAGUUACAUCUUGUGUAAAUGAUCUUUCUGUUCUCCUUGUCAAUGAGGUUUAGCGUACGCAAUGAGAAAAAAAAACCUAAAAUUCCUUUCGUAUUUCUCACAAAAAUGCAAUUGUCUUCUGUUUCUUAAGGUCCUUGAACUAAGAAUAAAGUAUUAAAUUAUCUGAAUUGAUACUUGCAUCAUCUUUGAAUUUCAUGCUUUUAUGAAGUCAAAGUUAGCAAGAAUGGCUUUUGUUGAAGAAAUUCAUCCAAACUAUCACAUACUAAACAAUGGCAAUGAUGACGACGAUGAUGAUGAUGAUGCAUUUCGAUGGAAAAUAACUGACGAGCCUAAUGAUGUUUUGCCGGAAGCUGCGAAGUGCGAAAUAGCUGAAUUGAAGACCGACAGUGUAGAAUAUAAGAACAUUGAAAUAAAGUGCGAGUGUAUUUUGACCGAAGACAGUUCUCUUGAUAUAAAUACCGAUGAACAGGAGGACGAUAUGUGUAAUGUAAAAAAUGAAGAUGUGUGUGAUAACGAUAAUAUAAAUAGUAAAAAACCGGUAAAAUCUUAUACCAGGAAAGAGAAUAAGUUAUUAAUUAAUGAAAGAGAUAAUGGAGAACUGGUCGACACUAUAUAUAAUUGUUGCGGUAAGGAGUUUACAAAAUACACUGGGUACAAAAUACAUCAAAGGAAAGUUCAUUCAAGAAAAAGGAUAUAUAUGUGUGAUAUGUGUGAUAGGAAAUUUGUAACUAUAAAAAGACUUAAUGCUCAUCUAAAAAAUCAUACACACAGGGCUCAUAAUUGUAACAUAUGUAACAAAGAGUUUUCUACAGCUAAAUGUUUGAAACUCCAUAAACAGACACAUAAUUCUGAUAAGCCAUUCAUCUGUAACUUUUGUAGUAAAGGAUUUAGGAGGAAAGGUGACUUACAGACACACAUUUUUGUUCAUACGGGUGAGAAGCCGUACUUCUGUAAUUUAUGUGAUAAGGCAUUCAUCACGAGCAGUAAAUUAAAGACACAUACGAGAAUUCAUACAGGUAUAACUCCAUAUGUUUGUACUUUUUGUGGGAAAACGUGUAUCAGAAACAGUGAUUUAAAAGCUCAUUUGAAAAUUCAUACCGGCGAGAAACCUUUCAUUUGUGAAAUCUGCGGCAAAGGAUUUCAAAGAAAUUAUUGCUUGCAGACCCAUCAAAGGGUUCACACUGGAGAAAGACCAUAUGUUUGUAGCUUGUGCCAGAAGUCAUUUAUCAAUGGGAGUAAACUUAAAAUACAUUCAAGAAUUCAUACAGGUGAAAUGCCAUUUUUGUGUGACAUAUGUGGGAAGGUGUAUAUGACCAGUACCGAUCUGAAGACGCAUCUAAGGAUUCAUACCGGCGAAAAACCAUACAUCUGUGAUUCUUGUGGCAAGGCAUUUAGGAGGAGCUGUGAUUUGCAAACACACCAAAGAAUACACACUGGAAACAGGCCUCACAUAUGCGAAUCCUGCGGAAAAGGUUUCAUUAAUAAUAGCAAGUUGUUAAACCAUCAAAAGACUCAUACUGGUGAAACACCUCUAAACUGUGAUUUCUGUGGUAAAAAGUGUUCAUCGGAAGAAGAUUUGAAGAGUCACGAACAGUCACACAUAGGAGAGAAGUCAUACGUUUGCGACAUGUGUCACAAGACUUUUGUAAAUAAUAGUAGACUACAAACACAUCGUAAAAUUCACAGUAAGAUUAAAUCAUAUAUUUGUGACUUUUGCAAUAAGAGGUUUUCGAGUAAUGUCAAAUUACAGAUCCACAAAAGAAUUCACAGCAGAGAAAAAGUGGACAAAAGUCGUGCAAACAAGAGUCACGACUGUAGUUUUUGUGGAAAGAUGUUUAAACAGCGUAGACGUCUAAAAAACCACAUUAAAAAAGAGCAUCCGGAUUCUGCCAGCGAUGGUAGCAGCGAUGAAUUGUACUAUACAGAGUAAUAUAUGCCACACGGUUCAAAAUGUAAAUAAAUGUAAAGUAAUCAUAAAUUAUUUUGAUUAUUAAAAAGUAUUAGUGUUCCAAAGAAAUAUCAUACAGAGCAACAACCUAUUCUGAGCUAUAUGAAACUUUCAUAUCAAUCUAAAGAACAAGAAUCAAAUUUUUAAAUUAUUUUAAAAGCAAUGUUUUAUAUUUUGAGUGUAUUCUACUAAGUCAAAGAUUGUAAAUAAUCAAAUUAUUCUUCUGGUUUCCAUCAGUUCAGCUUUGUUAUCUAUGGUACCUGAAUUUGGUCAGAUUUAUUUAUGAAUCUGCAAGUUAUAUACAAAGUUACGCCAUAUAAACUUAUGCUAUAUAAGUAUAAACUCAUUUUUAAUCAAUGUACAAAUUGUUUAUUUGUUCAUGUUACUGAUGUUAUGGAGUUUUAUAUAUUUAAAGCAACUAUAUAUGUAUAUAUCAUACAAUGUGUCUUAACAUUAUAUUUGUUUUUAAAAAUUUAUUUUUAACUAAAAUAAUUAUUUAUUAAAGACAUACUGCUCAUCAUUACAGAUCCUUAAUGUAACAUUAAUCAACAUUGUAAAAUAUUAAUUAAAAUGUCAUAUACAAGACAUCUGAAAAGUUACCAUGCAGCGAGAAAUUUGUAAGAAUAUUAAAGUUAUACAUGUGACAUUGCAUACCAAACCUGUAAAUUGUAUACAAUACAGUCAGCUGGUGGACUGGUACCAAACAGACAAUGUAAGGUCUCAUAGCAAUAUCUUACGUAUAGCUUCAACAUCGUUAUAAAUUUCUCACUGCAUAGUAACUUUUUGGACACCCUGUACAGUCUGUAAUUUUAUAUGUUCCUGUGUUGUUAGAGAAUUUUAGAUGUUACAAUUUUAUAAUUACAAUGGGCAACUUUAAUGAACACUUUAUUGAUUAACAUCUGCAUUCUAGUUUCAAAUUCGUGCAUGGUUUUUUAGUCGUAUGGAAUCUAAAAGCUUCGUGCAAACGAAGAAAAACAUUUUUUAUUGAUUGUUAUUUGUAUCUUUAAGAAAAAAAAAAUGUUACAUGAUAAAAAUUUGAAUUAUUUGUAAUUAUAAAAUUGUUUAAACCCCUAAAAAUGAGAUCUAAACAGUCUUGAAAAUGAUCAAGACUGAAAUGUUAGUCAAAUAUAACUUAUUGUUUCAAAUGAUAAUAACCACCAACACUGCCAAAGUAUUAUUUUAGAAUAUUCAAAUAUUAUUAACAAAACAAAAAAAACAAAAAAAAAGCAUUUGUUGAUGUUUCAAUGUUUGUUAUAUUAAAAAAAUACAAAAAAUAUUUAAGAAAUUUAUGC